CCCCGUUGCACCGGUAGCCUCCGAGCUGUUCUCUCCCGGCUACACGGAGGAGGGCCGGGCUUCGCUUGGAACAUAAAUCCAAGUCAGACUCUGCUGCCUCAAGUGAAAUGUAAAACAGGGGGCCAGGGAGCAGGUGAAGCGUGAACCCCAGGCGCGCUGUGAUAACGGCCGGCAAGCAGGAAGUCAUCAGCCACGUCUCCCGCUCGGAGAGCUCGAGGUUCCGGAGCUGCACCCCUCACUCUCCCUCCAUGGCCCUGCGCUCCGCUCACGCCCUCGUCCCCGUCGCGCUGCUGCUGCUCUUCGGAGUUGCUGCCAUCCUGCUCCUGACUGUCCCCACUGAGGACGUCCAGCAGGCGCCGGGGUUCAUGUACGGGAUUGUCCUGGAUGCUGGAUCUUCGCACACAGCUUUGUUUAUAUACAAGUGGCCAGCAGACAAGCAAAAUGGCACAGGGGUGGUCACCCAGCACAGUGAAUGUCAUGUUAAGGGCGGAGGGAUCUCCAGCUAUGUGGGCCGACGGGGUGCAGCAGCGCAGAGCUUAGAAGCAUGUCUGGACCAGGCAGUGAAGGACGUCCCCGUAGGAAGACACCGGCUCACACCUGUGUACCUGGGAGCCACAGCUGGCAUGAGGCUUCUGCAAGUCUCCAGCGCGGAGCAGUCAGCUCAGAUUCUACAGGAAGUGGGCCAUAAAAUCCAGUCCUAUCCUUUCAACUACCGAGGAGCGGCCAUACUGAGUGGUAAAGAAGAGGGGGCAUACGGCUGGGUCACCGUCAACUAUCUCUUAGAGAACUUCAUAAAGUAUGGUUUUGUAGGGCGCUGGUUCAGUCCCGGCAGACCCACAGUGGGAGCACUGGAUUUCGGCGGGGCCUCCACCCAGAUAACAUUUGCGACUCAGGAGGAAGUGGAGGAUGAACAGGACAUGAUGAAGCUGCAUCUUUAUGGCCACGAGUACUCUCUGUACACACACAGCUUCCUGUGCUAUGGGCAGGAGCAGGUCCUCAAGAGACUGCUGGCUCACAUACUGAAGUCUCAGGGUUAUUCGGGGUCAGUCGAGCACCCCUGCUAUCCUGCAGGACACAACAGAACUUUAAGGUUAAGCAGUAUAUUCAACUCCCCGUGUACCACAAAGUACAAACCCAGCGAAAACCCCCGGUCGUCUUUGAUAAUACAGGGCAGCGGACAUUACGAACACUGUUUGGGAAACGUGUCCGAGAUCUUCUCCUUCGACAGCUGUCCCUACUCCCAGUGCUCCUUCGACAAAGUCUUUCAGCCAAAUGUCACCGGUAGCUUCAUGGCAUUCUCGGCAUACUUCUACAUUCACUCCUUCCUGCAGCGAAUCACCGGCAUCACUGUGAGCUCUCCUUCACAACUGGAGGAGGCCACCAAAACCGUGUGCAGAAUGAGUUUCAAUCAAAUGGAGCGUCUUGCUCCAGAGCAGAAGGCCCGUUUGCAGGACUACUGUGCUUCCUCUGUGUAUGUCCAGGUUCUCAUGUUGAAAGGAUACGGCUUCAAUGAGACAUCGUUCCAACGCAUUUCCUUCCAGGGCAGGGCAGGAGAUGCCUCGGUGGGUUGGGCUCUGGGCUACAUGCUGAGUUUGAGCAAUUUGCUGCCCGCAGAGAGAGUGGAGCUGAGGAAGGCCCUGACCCCGGGCGCGUGGGGAAUGCUCAUCUUUCUCUUUGUCCUUCUCCUCACUGCAGUCCUGGUCUUCGUCUUGAUCCGAGCUUGUGAUGGGAAGAUGAAAGGAGGAAGUGAAAGUGCCAUCUAAAUAUUGCAACGGCAUACAGUGUUGUCAGAAAAGGGUAUCACACUUAGGUAGUUUUGUUUGUUUUGGCUGUGUACUCCAACACAUUGGAUCUGAAAUGAAACUAUGAGAGCUGAAUUUGUGCUUUAAUUUAAGGGUGUUCACGUUAUAAUGGGUUGACAUUGUAGGACCUAAACAUAGAGGCUGCACAGUAUGUUCACUGACUGCAAAGGAUUUGACGGCAGUUGCAUGAAUAUAAUUGCCGCUGCUGUUCAUCUGAAAGACUGUAAAGAUCCUCGUAUUAAAAGCGGUUAAAGUUUGUUUUCGUUUCAAAUCCAAAGUGCUGGAGUACAGAGCCAACGCAGUGAAAAACGUGACCAAAUAUUCUCUGACUGCCCUGUAGGUUUAAGAAUAGCGCACUCCCCUGGGGGCAUUGGCACGAAAGGGGAGGUCUGACUGUAAAUUUUAUUCUUAAGAAGUCAAACCAUUUUUUGGUUGAAUGCAAUGUAAAAAAAAAAAAAAAAAA